CGCGCGUGCAUUUCGAAGCGCAUUUCGCGAAACUCGCGCGCGCCGCUCGGAGACUCGCAGCCCUGCCUCCGACGACGAGUCGGUGCAGUUUUACGCCGACAACCGCUCGACGAGCAGUUGGUAUAGCACAACACCAGUAUUAGUCGUCGUCUUCGUUGACACUCGGUGCUCGCAACUUUUUUUUUUAUCAUCCAAUAGUGCGCGGAUCCUGCAGCGGCGGCGACGGCGUCGGCGGCGCAAUCAUCAGCGAUCAGCGGCACGAUCAUGAUGGGCUCGGGCACGUUCUACCUGCUGCAGCUGCUGCUGAACGGGCUGCUGGCCACCGGCUGGGCACUCGGCACGUCCGGCAUGGACCAGCUCAAGGUGGCGGGUAUACCCGCGCCCGAACUCGUCGACUUGGCCGACGACGGGAUCGACAUCGAUGUGGACGAUCGGGACAACAAUUACGCCACGGCCGAGGACAGGUCGCAGUCGCGACCGACGACGACGAUACAGCCGCUCCCGGGUCUGCUGUAUCCGCGCGAGAGCGAGACCCGCGAGAUAAAAUCUCUGGACGGACUGUGGGAUUUCGCCGUGCCGCCGAGCAACGACGUGCUGCUCGGCCACAGGGAGUCAUGGCACGCCCGGACCUUGUCCAAUAGCACCAAAGUGAUGCAGAUGCCGGUGCCGUCGUCCUACAACGACAUCACGACGAGUCGAGCGCUGCGCGACCACGUCGGGCCCGUCUGGUACGAGAGGAGGUUCUUCGCCCCGCAGUCCUGGUACCAGAAGCGCGUCUACAUCAGAUUCGGCUCGGUCAAUUAUCUCGCUCAAGUCUGGUUCAACGGCGAGCUCGUGGCCAAUCACGAGAUGGGCCACCUACCCUUCGAGGCCGACAUCACCGACAAGAUCCUCUACGGCCUGGAGAAUCGCGUCACCGUCGCCGUGGACAACAGCCUCCUCCAGACCAGCGUACCCCAGGGCCGUAUCCUCGACACCCCCGCGGACAACGGCACCGUCAAGGUCCAGUCCUACACCUUCGACUUCUUCAAUUACGCCGGGAUACACAGGCCCGUGCUGGUGCACACCAAGCCCCGUGUCCACGUCGAAGACAUCAGCGUCGACACGGCCCUCGUGCGCGAUCAGGGCGUCGUCAAGUAUCGGGUGCAGGUGGCCGGCGCCGGUGCCGGGGAUACGACCCCCCACGUCGAGGUGGCGCUGCUCGAUCACGCCCAGAGGCUGCAGGUCAGGUCGACAGCGAGAAACAAUCAGCCGGGCACGUUGAGGGUGAGCGAGCCGAGGUUGUGGUGGCCCAGGUCGAUGAGCCCAAGCCCGGGCUACCUGUACACGCUCGAGGUCACGGUGCUCGUGCCCAAUACGUCGCUGAUCGACGUCUACCGGCUGCCCGUGGGCAUACGCACGCUGCGCUGGACCAACACGAGUCUGCUGCUGAACGAGCGGCCCGUCUACUUUCGGGGCUUCGGCAGGCACGAGGAUGCCGCCCUCAGGGGUCGAGGGCUCGACCUCGUCACGGUGGCGCGAGACUACGAGCUGCUCAAGUGGGUCGGCUCGAAUUCCUAUCGCACCAGUCACUAUCCGUACAGCGACGAGGUGCUGGACAUGGCCGACCGGCUCGGCUUCAUGAUCGUCGACGAGUGCCCGUCGGUCGACACGGAGAAUUUUUCAGCCGAGCUGCUGGCCAAGCACAAGCGCUCGCUGUCGGAGCUGGUGCGCCGCGACAAGAAUCGGCCCUCGGUCGUCAUGUGGUCGAUCGCCAACGAGCCGAGGACGCAGCUGCCCACCGCCGAUCUGUACUUCAAGGAGGUGGCGGAGCACGUCAAGUCGCUGGAUCCGACGAGGCCGAUUACCAUCGCCUUGGCCAGGAGCGUCUUGGAAGACAAAGCGGGCCAGUAUCUGGACGUGGUGAGCUUCAAUCGCUACAACGCCUGGUACUCGAACACGGGCAGGCUCGACAUGAUCACGAGCCGCGUCGUUGCGGAGGCCAAGGCCUGGCAUCUCAAGUACAACAAGCCGGUGAUGAUGCUCGAGUACGGCGCCGACACCAUGCCCGGACUGCACGAGCUACCCGAGUACGUGUGGAGCGAGGAGUACCAGCUCGAGACCAUGUCCCGGCACUUUGACGCGUUCGACCAGCUGAGGCGCGAGGGCUUCUUCGUCGGCGAGUUCAUCUGGAAUUUCGCCGAUUUCCGUACGGCACAGACUUACACGAGGGUGGGCGGCAACAAGAAGGGCAUAUUCACGCGCGAUCGCCAGCCCAAGAUGGUGGCGCACCACGUGCGUAGGCGCUAUCACGCGCUCAGCGCCAAGCUCGACAGGGCUCCGGAAGUGCCCGACGAUCUCGACCACUACGUCUACUGCGGAGCCAAGGACUGCGUGUAAACCGUUGUGUGACGAAUAGUAUAACGACGAAGCAGUACAAAUCGAUGUUACAUUAAAGGAUUGACUAUUUUUUUUUUUAUAAACGAAAGAAGAGGAAGAGAAAUCGAGAUUAAUUGAAGCAUUUGUGCGACAUAAAUUUUUACAUGUAAAUAAUUUUAUAUUAUACCGAGCUUGUAUACAACGAUAUACAAUGUAAGAUUGUAACGUUAAGAAUUGUACCGUGUUCAUAAUACUAUGUAUUUACACGAUUCGAUACACACACGGAAAAUAAUCCACGUUAAUAUACACACACACAUAAACACGUAAACACGUUUUCGUAUUUAAAAUAAAUACCUAUAUCAAUUGCGCAACCAAUGCGAAA